CGCUGCGACCUAACUUCAUAAAUAUCGUUCUCAGUGUUAAGUGCCCGUGUAAACCCUAUACCGUCCCAUACCUACCUUAACACCGCAAUGCCAGUGUUCCCAGUUCAAGGUUCCGACGUGAUCGCGUCGAGGUGCUAACAAAAAGGGCCUCCAGCGUCACGUAAUCGAAACAACUAACUCUAUAUAUUUUUUAUCGUUGAUCUUUCACCUUCAAUGCAAAAUAAUAUCUUAUCAUAAUUUACCUGUCAUGUAGUAACUUAUGAUCGAAAUCUUUUUAGUCCUCACAAAUAACUUUCAAUUGAGAUAUGUGUGUGGUAAAGUAGUAAUGAACGUUAUGAAAAAGAUGAAGAAGCGAGAUCGUAAAGUGAAACAAGAUGUAGCGGUGGGACAAAAGCUGGAACCUAAAGGACCAAGGCCUGUAAGAGGAGUGAAACAUGGAGGAACAAAGUCUGUGCCUUCGUCAGGAAUGGGUCUCCGAGAUCGCGGCAAACGCUCUGGUGUUGAAGCAGUUAAACUCCACUUACAAACCACGGGAUUCACUGGUAGGACUUCGCGGUCUGCCACAUCGGUACGCAAGACAAGCAUCCGAAUGACUGCCAUCAAGGAAUACCCCUUCGACCUGAGCGACCUGCAGAAAAGCGAGGAGGAGAAGGCUCUGCACCAGCCUCCAAAGCCCACUGAUGCUCCCGCUAGACCCAGAUCUUCAAUCAGCUCCCACACUAAUACAGAUGUUAAGAGGAGAGUUUCCAUCAUGGCCGACGAAAAUAGUAAAGACCGGGAAAAUCAGCCUUCGGAAAGGAAUGGCCGUUUGUCAGCCCAAGCGGAGGGCCCGUCGCGGCGAAAAAGCAACCUCCAUAAUGCCAUGACUGCCGAAAUCGACUCUUCCUGGGAUCGAGGACAACACAUCGAAGGCAGGUUUAAAAAAUAUUCCACCACAUCCUCAGUGUACUCCAAAAAAGCAUUUUCACAACAGAGCGAUCACAUCGAAAGAUCCUGGUGGUACGCGUGUUGUGCUAGUUGUCAUCAAGAAGACGCCGGAAUUCCCUCGUGGGAACCACCACUCUGGCAAAAAGUAUGCCCCUACCCACUGUGUCCUUCAUACCGGCAAUUCGCCCAGACUCUAUCAGUAUUCCUUAUUGGUAUAUUGAUAUGGGUAUUAGUAUGGAUAGUAAUGGGCAGUACAGCCGCACCUGGCGGCCAGCUGUUCAUGCUGGCAGCGCUCACGAUCGCUGCGCACUUCGGCGGCUGGCUCAUGGUGAAAAUAACCACGCUGCCCCCCCUCAUUGGCAUGCUGAUCAUUGGAAUCGUCCUCAAGAACGUCGGCUUUGUAGAUUUUGAUGAAGAUUAUUUACACGUCACUUCUUACAUUAGAAAAAUAGCUUUAACCAUAAUUUUAACUCGAGCUGGUUUGGAUUUGGACCCGGUUGCGAUGAAGAAGAUUUUCCUAACUGUGAUCAAGUUGGCGCUGGUGCCGUGGACCUUCGAGUGCUGUCUGUGUGCCGUCAUGUCACAUUUUCUUCUUUCACUACCUUGGGAUUGGGCAUUUCUCCUGGGUUCUGUAGUGGCAGCAGUUUCCCCCGCAGUGGUGGUACCAUGCCUAUUCCGUCUGCGUGGUAAGGGCUACGGUGUCAGCAAGGGCAUACCGACAUUAGUACUUGCAGUAUCUGGUAUCGAUGACGCUGCCAGUGUCGCUGUUUUUGGCAUCGUUUCGGCUAUCAUGUUCGCUACAUCUUCGCUUACUAUGAAUAUUGUGCAAGGACCUCUAAGCGUGAUCGGUGGCGUAGCGUUCGGCGUUUUGUGCGGCUACCUUCUCAAGUAUGUCCCGGAGAGGAAUGACGCUUUCCUAGUGCCUCUAAGGGUGCUAAUGCUUCUUACUGGUGGACUUGUCUCCGUGCUUGGUUCCGAGGAAGUUGGAUGGGGUGGCGCUGGACCACUAGCAGUGAUAGCAUCCGCAUUUAUUGCGUGCAAGAAUUGGACGGAGAUGGGCUGGGAAUUGGAAGACAACCCUGUUGCCACAGCCUUCGAGAUCUUCUGGAUGUUCUUCGAGCCUAUGCUUUUCUCCGUCACUGGUGCUCAAGUUGUUAUCAAGGAGCUGGAGCCACGCCUGGUACUGAUUAGCGCUGGCAUCCUGCUGACCUGCACAGUACUUCGAGCACUCCUCACCAGUGCUUGCGCCGUGCGCAGCAACCUCAACACUAAGGAGAAGUUCUUUGUUGGCCUUUCCUGGAUGGCCAAAGCCACAGUACAGGCAGCAUUAGGCACAGUUGCCCUGGAUGAAGUGAAGAAGAUGUACGCUGUAACCGGGGAAGAUCCGCCAGCCGAACUUAUAGAAUACGCCGAGAUCGUCAUUACCGUAUGCAUCAUGUCCAUCGUCAUUACAGCACCCGUCGGUGCUAUUGUCAUUACCAUCGCCGGUCCCCGACUGCUCUCCAAAACAACCAAGCCUCCAGUGCUGGAAGGCUGGAGAAGAUCACACCGUCCAUCGAUUCGCGACAUUUCGAUCAUCGAUGAAGAAGAGAUGGGAGAGAAAGAUGCCGAAGCGGAAGAAUCCUCGCCCCCGGCCAGCCCCACCCCCGCCGCCUACAGCACACCCACAGCAGCGCCGAUCACCGUCCAACCCAACCACAGGACCUGACCUCACUACUACCGUCCACACUACUUCCUCACUUACGCUUGUUUUGAGUAUAUUUACAGGUACGCCCAUAGCGUGCGUCUUCGCUUCAUGGCUGAUACUAACUAUCAAAACAUAGACAGAAAACGAAGAAAAAUGAAAU